GGGUCCGGCUGGAGUUCUGGUCCCACCAGCAGCUGGACUCCAGUCCGGACUCAGAAGCAGCAGCCGAAACAGCGGGGAGUCCGGGCCGCAGACCCGCGACCAGAGCCGACCGGGACCGGAGAUCAUGACCUUCAGCCCCAAACACGCCACGCCUUUCUCGGUCUCGGACAUCCUGAGCCCCAUGGAGGAGCAGUACCGGAGGUUCGGCAUGAUGGAUCCCGCCUACCGGCACCAGCAGGUGUCUCCGCCCGGGAGCCAACACCACCAGCAGAACCUUCAUCACAACCACCUGUCCUCCUCUUCAUCAGCAUCCGGCCCCGCGGUUCUGGGCCCGGGCGGGUCCUAUCACGUGACUCAGUUCACCGGUCCCGUCGGCGGGUUCUGCAACGGGGGCAUCGGAACCAUCGGAGAGCUGCCGAGCUACCCGGACACGGUCCGGGCGGCGGGAGCCGCGGCCUGGUACAGCAGCCCGGAACCGCGGUACCAGACCAUUUCCAGGUUCAUGAGCAGUUCGGGCGGGAUGAGCGUGACGGCGCUGGACUCGUCCUCCAAACCCGCGGCCGGUCUCGGUCCGCGGAGGAAGCGCCGGGUUCUGUUCUCGCAGGUCCAAGUCUUCGAACUGGAGCGUCGCUUCAAGCAGCAGCGGUACCUGUCGGCGCCGGAGCGAGAGCACCUGGCGGGACUCAUCCACCUCACGCCGAACCAGGUUAAAAUCUGGUUCCAGAACCACCGCUACAAGCUGAAGCGGCAAGUUCGGGACAAAGCGGCCCAGCACCAGGACGGCGGCCUGUGCGGGGACCCGCGUCGGACCUGCGACUCACCAACACGGGCGAAGAAGAGCGGAACCGGGAGCCGACAGGGCAGCGCCGGGGAGGACGCGCCGUCCCGGCCGCUGACCUCGGCAGAGGAGCUGUCCCCGAGUCCGCCGACACAGACGGACGAGACGCUGAUCGAGUCUUACUCGGGCGGUGUGUUUGGCGCCAAUUUACUGUUGGGCAGGACGUGGUAGAACGGACCAGAAGAGCCGCUUCUGGACUGCGGCGCCGGCCGGAGUCGGAACUGCCCAUGGACUAUUUUUUUUUUAAACCUCGGAAUCUCUGGAGGUUCCGCAACGU